CUACCACCACCAACAACAACAACAACAACAGAGAAAGAUGGCAAACGGAGAGCAAGGUGAAGCUACGUCCCUCUACAUUUCGUGCAUGAUGACAAUAGGAGUACUGCGAAUGCAAUCGGCGCAAUUGGUUAGAUUGAUAAUGGAGAGAAGACGCCGCCGCCGAAGGAUCAUGGAGAAUUUAAUACAGACCAACAAUAUGUUGUUGCACUUUGCCACUGUACCGCAAAGGUCUCAACGAACAGUCUGGAUGAAGAGCAGAAACAGAAUCUUCUGGGAGAGAGAUGUUUUGACCUUAUUUGACGACGAGGACUGGAAAGCGAACUUUCGCAUGACUCGCAAAUCUUUCAACAAGUUGUGUGGGAUUAUGGAAGGAGUCAUGAAGCCCGAAAAGGUGACUGUUCGUGCACCAAUACCGCUCGAAAUGAGGGUCGCCAUUGUUCUGUACAAGCUAGCCAGUUGUGCGCAAUACAGAGUUGUGGGUAACCAGUUCGGCGUCCACAAAUCGACGGUGAAGAAGAUGGUGUACCAGUUCUGUACAGGAAUGGUUACGUCGGCCUUGGGACACUUCAUCAAGGUGCCCACGACAGAAGAAGCCAUCAGCAUAGCCAACAGAUUCGAACAGAACUUCAACAUCCCACAAAUCAUCGGGUGCAUCGAUGGAACCCACAUUCCAGUUUUACCUCCAAGUGAAGGCUACAAAGACUUUGUGAAUCGCGAAGGAUGGCCGUCGUAUGUCCUCCAAGGCGUAGUGGACGACAUGUAUCGCUUCUGGAGCAUCAGCUGUAAGAUGCCUGGGUGUUCUCUUGACGCUAACGUGCUGAGGCAAUCGACGUUGUUCAGCCAGGCACACUUGUUACCAAAAGAACCAAGAGAAAUCAAUGGCAUCUCAAUCAGCCACUUCCUGUUGGGAGAUCCAGCGUAUCCUCUCAUGGACUGGCUCAUGAAAGGCUACACCCAUUCCCCAGACAUCACCCCAGAGCAGGAGUCCUUCAAUGCCUACCUAAGCUCUGCAAGGACCACGGGAGAGAUUGCGUUUGGGAGACUGAAGUCACGCUGGAGAGUUUUGAUGAAGCGCAGUGACUUCCAUUAUUCAUUCACCCCUAAAGUGAUCGCUACCUGUUGUGCGUUGCACAAUUUCUGUGAGAAUGAGAAGGAAGCUGUGAAUCCCAACUGGUCAGUGGACGCGGAUACACUUGCAUCGGACCUGCCACAGCCAGGUGUCCGUGCCAACAGUCACGCAGACGAUACAAAUGGACAGACGAUCAGAGACGCCCUCACAGAGUACAUGAGCGAAAACUUCCCCCUGCGCCGACCAGACCUUUAGACGUCUUGUAAAGAGGAAGCGGUUGCCAUGGAAACAGAGCUGCUAACAGACUACCGCUUCGGGCUGCAGCAGCUGACGGAGAUCUGGGGACACGCCUGCGCUAUUGCUGUUGCGAAGGCCUUCCCCCUGGGCUCUCUGGGUAAGAGGCAGCCCACGGUGCUGGUGGUCUGCGGCCCGGAGCAGAAUGGCUGUGUGGGAUUGUCCUGUGCCAGAUACCUGCGCCUGUUUGACUACCUUCCGACGGUGUUCUACCCGAAGCGUUCCCAGCAGGCCGUGCAGCAGGCCUUCACAGUGCAGUGUGAGAAGAUGGACAUCCCCUUCCUGUCCUACCUGCCCGCUGAGGUGCAGCUGAUUAACGACGCCUAUAAACUGGUGGUGGAUGCAGUUAUGGGGGUGCAGGUGGAGCUGGACAGUCUAGGGGAACCCUUCACCAGUAUCCUAGCAACGCUCAGAAACAUCAGCACCCCCAUAGUGAGCCUGGACAUACCGUCAGGCUGGCAGGGCUGCAGUUCAGACACGGACCGGAUCAACCCAGCUGUGCUCAUCUCCCUCAUGGCACCAAAGACAUGCAGCCUCAGUUUCCAGGGGACCCAUUUCCUUGCGGGACGCUUUCUACCUUACGACCUCCAGAAGAAAUACGAGCUCUGCUUACCCGCAUUCCCAGGCACCGACUGCAUCGUCCAGCUCUUAGACGCUCACACUUAAGUGUGCCGUUACGACGUCAAGUUUCGCAAACAUACCGACAUACAGAAGUCACCAAGGCAUUUUAGUCAUUUUAGUGGAUUUUAUUUGAGUCAGAUUUUUAAUGAACAGUGAAAUGUGGUUAAAUGUCUGUGGUAGAGUUCUUAAUGUGAACAAACAAAUGCCACUUGAGAAAUGUCAAUUCUGUAAUCUGUAGAUUCCUGUUUUCUCCUCAUCAUCAUUGAGAUUAAAACAUGCUGAUCCCACA